AUGGCGAUUUACAUUGAAAACAUGCGAACACAUUUUCAGCAAAACAAGAGAAUACGAGAGCGCACAGCGCACGACUCCAAAGUUCACUCCGUGGCGCGGAGCUGUGACGGACGGCGCCUGGCCUCGGAUUCCUUUGACAAAACUGUCAGCGUUUUCCAGCUAGACAAUGACAGAGACCGAAUAGACCAAUCCACACUUUACAAAAGUUAUGUCCCUUGGCCGCCAUCUUUGGGGAAAAACCCAUAUAUUUCUCACAAACACAUUGUCAUUGACAGCUACCCAGAUUUGAAACUCCAGCACACCCUGAAUGUUCACACUGCUAGCUGCAUCUGUAUCGAGUUUGACCCCAAGGGAAAGUACUUUGCCACCGGUAGUGCAGACGCCUUGGUCAGUAUUUGGGACGUAAAAGAGCUAGCAUGUAUUAGGACCCUUUCCAGGUUAGAGUGGCCAGUCAGAACUCUGAGCUUUAGCCAUGACGGCAAAAUGUUGGCAUCAGCACCAGAAGAUCUGAUUAUAAACAUAGCAGAGAUCGACUCAGUGUCACUGGUGGAGGCCAUUUACCUGGAAUACGCCCAUCUAUUGACCAACCUAGGACUAAGCUAGAACCUGCUGAGUUCUACUGUCAGAGAGCCAGUGAUAAGAGGCAAUUCAAAGAGGAAGUCCGCAUUCUCUUUACCUUAAAUGUGUUCCAUAUCUGUGAGUGAUGGAGAAACGAGACAUAAUUGUAUGAACUGUCAAUGAUUAAGAGAAAAUGAAAUGAUUGUACAUGUUAAUUGACAGUGAUGGAGAGAAUAUUUUUUAUGAUUGGUUAAAAAAGAACAGGUGAAAUGAUGGCAUUGUUAUUAACUUUUAUUGCAGUGAAAACAUUGAAAAGACGUACGUGGAACAAUUUGUAUGCAUGUAUUCUUGAAUUAUUAUUUCUUCAAAGCUACAAAAAAG